GCGUAAACACGCCUCACGCGGCGCUCGGCCGGCACCGCAAGCUGGGACAGUGUCAGGGUCGGAGCCGAGGGUGCGGGGCGCGUGAACAGGCGGCGGGGCCUACAGUGACGGAGGGCGUACGUCGCGAAGGUGCACGCCGGCAUCAGCGCCCCUGCUCGAGUGCAGACGUGUGAGAGGCGAAGCUGCACUUCAGAACGCGUGGUGUGGCCGCAUCUGAACCGGAACGCUCCCCCCCCCCUCUCCUUCUCUCUUUCGGCGCGGACUCUGGUGUCUCCAGGCCCGGUGACCAGAGUGGCUGCACGGUCCCCGUCUUCCCGUGCGCCGCCCGCUGGGCGUCGCUCCGCCGGCUCUUCGAGGGACGCGGCUUCUUCUCUUCGCGCGCUUCGGCACUCGUCGCCGGCAUGGUCGAGAAGCGGUCCAGCACGCCGACGUCGGGGGCGUCGGGCGACACACCGCUGCAGCAGCCGUGGCGGGUGUAUCGCCGCCGCUGGGUCAUACUCUUCCUCUUCUGUUUCUACUCGAUGACCAACGCCUUCCAGUGGAUCCAGUUCGCCACCAUCAACAACAUCGUGGCCCGCUAUUGGGGCGUGUCGGCGGUCGCCAUCGACUGGCUCUCCAUCGUGUACAUGGUGGCGUACAUACCGCUUAUCUUCCCCGCCACCUGGCUCAUUGAUAAGAAGGGUCUGAGGAUUCCCAUUCUGCUGGGCUCCUUCGGCACCAUGCUGGCCGCCUGGAUCAAGACCGGCAGCCUCUCGCCCGACCGCUUCUACGUCACCUUCAUCGGCCAGACGGUGGCGGCCGUGGCGCAGAUCUUCGUGCUCGGCAUCCCGGCCAAGCUGGCCGCCGUGUGGUUCGGCCAGGACCAAGUGUCUUCCGCCUGCGCCAUCGGCGUCUUCGGGAACCAGAUCGGCAAUGCUGUCGGCUUCUUGAUUCCUCCAGCGAUCGUGCACGAUCGGGAGAAGCUGGAUGACAUCGGCCACGACCUCUCCAUCAUGUUCUUUGGCCAGGCGGCCAUCACCACUGUGCUUUUCAUCAUCAUCAUUUUCGUGUUCCAGAACGAGCCGAAGCUGCCGCCGUCGCCGGCGCAGGCCGCGCUGCGCCAGGCCGAGCCCGAACAUUAUCUUCUCAGCAUCGUGCGCCUGCUGAAGAACCGGCACUACAUUCUGCUGCUCGUCACUUACGGCAUGAACGUCGGCGUGUUCUACGCCAUCUCCACACUGCUCAACCAGGUCGUGCUCAUCUAUUACCCCACAGCGGAGGAGGACGCCGGUCGGAUUGGACUCGUCAUCGUCCUGGCCGGUAUGCUGGGCUCGGUCGUCUGCGGCGUGUGGCUGGAUAAAACGCACCGAUUCAAGGGAACGACACUGGCCGUGUACGUCCUGAGCGUGGCCGGCAUGGUGGCCUACACGUUCACGCUGCCGCUGGGCUACAUCAGCGUGGUGUACAUCACCGCCGGCCUUCUGGGCUUCUUCAUGACCGGCUACCUGCCAGUCGGCUUCGAGUUCGCCGCCGAGAUCACGUACCCCGAGUCGGAGGGCACGUCAUCGGGCCUGCUCAACGCCUCGGCGCAGUUCUUCGGCAUCAUCUUCACCAUCGCCGACGGAAAGCUGCUCAACGGCUACGGCGACCGUGCGGCGAACCUGGCGCUGGCCGCCAUGUUACUGCUGGGCUCCAUACUGACGGCGCUCAUCAAGUCGGACCUGCGCCGCCAGAGAGCGCAUCAGCAGCACCAGCCGGUGGAUAGGUCACAAGUUGCCGAGAAAGCCUAACCGGGGUCGUCUGGAGCGGCGCGCGUCCGCCGCCUUUUAGUUCAAUCUCUGCUUCCAACGGCGGCGCCGGUGCCGUCAGAUGGCUCUAGUUGUCAGCAGGCGACAGCUAGGGCGUCUCCUGCACGCAGUUCACCACGGCAUGCGUCAGUGCUGUAAUACCCAGCAUGGGAACGGGAUGGCGGUAAAAUAUGAUCUUGCCUCGAGCGCAGUAAGUUGUAGGCCUGCAUCCGCUGCAGAGUUCUAAUGCUUUCGGAACGUAGCGCAUUACGCAAUAGAAGGACUCCUUCGGUACGUCUGACCAGGCCUGGGCGGCACGGCUCUUUCACGUGGCGCUGGUUUUUGUUAACGUAGAUAUCUGGGCUGAUCAAGAAACAAAUGCUCGAUCCCUUCGACUGUCGGCCUUCCGAAGAAGCCGAGAUUACGUCCGUGUAGCUAUAUGGAUCACCAUUCACCAACGUAUUUAUGCAUGAUACGACGACUCUAGUGUGCAGAGCUUUGAAAUGGCAUUUUGCCGAUAUCUAUUUUAUAAAAGAACCGGUUUCUUAUUUAGGAGGCUAAAAUUACUGUUGAGCUGCUGAAUGCAGUGUUCCUUGCGCGCGGUUUUGCGCGUUGUUGAAGUACUCAUAAUGCACGAUACAAAGUGCUUCCAUACCUUGAAGGGGAUAAGUGCUCGUGCAAUUUGUUUGCUCAUGUGACGUGUUCAACGGACGUCAGCCGCAGCUGGUUCUGUGAUGUUCAUAUGCCCUCGGAAGUGUCAUAUAAAGUUACGACGCAUUGUCCUUACAUGGGCAUUUUUUGACGUACUGGUGACGUGGUGCUGUGGCGAAGCGUAGGACUCUGUGUUCAAUAUUCCUGUUAUUUCGUGCAAAGAGAAUAUAUAGAUACCU